CCACUGCCACAGCACCCAGCUGCCCGUGAGACCGACUAUGAGAGCGCUGAAGCAGUCAAGCGUCAGCCGCGCGAAGAGGCGAGCGGAGAAAUGGCGGGAGCGACCUUCCUCUCGACCGUGCAGGCUCCCGCUCUGCUCGGCCCCCGCGGCGUCGCUGCCUCCUCUUCCGUCUCAUCGCCGGCACGGAGGCAUGCGCACAUGCAAGUCUUCUGCAAGGGCAAUGUUGAGGGCUUUGAGGCCGCUGCUGCCGAAGAGCGUCUGCAAUUCCGUAGAAGGGAUUUAAUCGGGGCGUGCGCUGGGACCGCCGUUGGUUUGGAAAUGAUUGAUGGCUCUACGAGAUUCACAGGAGUGGCUACUGCAGCUGAUCUCAUUGAGCGUAGACAACGCUCUGAGUUCCAAUCAAGCAUCAAAAACACCCUCUAUACAGCCAUAACGGCUAAGCCAGAGCUCGUUCCUUCUUUAUUGACUUUGGCACUGAAUGAUGCUAUCACAUAUGACAAGGCCACUAAAACUGGAGGUGCAAAUGGAUCUAUCAGGCUAGAAAUAAGCAGACCUGAAAACAGUGGACUCGCUGCUGCGUUGGAUCUGCUAACUGAAGCCAAAAAGGAGAUAGACUCCUACUCCAAGGGUGGUCCUAUUUCAUUUGCAGAUCUGAUCCAAUUUGCAGCACAAUCGGCACUGAAGAGAUCGUUUCUUGACGCGGCCAUUGCCAAAUGUGGUGGAAACGAAGAGAAGGGAAGAACCCUAUACCAAGCAUACGGUUCAAAUGGGCAGUGGGGUCUGUUCGAUAAAACAUUCGGGAGAACAGAUACGCAAGAACCCGAUCCAGAGGGAAGGGUGCCAGUGUGGAGCGCGGCUUCUGUGCAGGAGAUGAAGGAUAGGUUCGUCGCCGUUGGGUUGGGUCCUCGUCAGCUCGCUGUGAUGUCAGCCUUCCUCGGACUUGACCAAGCUGCUACAGAGGAACGGCUGAUAACUGAUCCGGAUUGUCGUCCAUGGGUCGAGAAGUACCAACGGAGCCGUGAGACGGUCUCCCGGACUGACUAUGAAGUUGACUUGAUAACCACACUCACAAAGCUGAGCUCCCUUGGUCAGAAGAUAAACUAUGAAGCCUACACGUACCCAAAGCAGAGGAUUGACUUGGGCAAAUUGAAGCUGUGAUAGAUGAUUGCACAGUGACUGUGUCUGUCAUAUUCAAGAAUCAAGAACUUCCGGAUCUGCUGCUACCCGGGUGCUCGAGAAAAGUGAUCUGAUUUGUUGGUAACGUUCAUGUUUUGGCCGUCCAUCAGCUGUCAGAAUUCAAUUUCGACAUUCCUUCCACGGCAAUUAGGACAGUCCGGCUAGAUGGUUAGAUUGGCUGUCUUCUUUUGUUUCUUCUGAACCUGAGUUAGACGAUUGGGAGAAGUGAGGUGUUAUGUAAAUUCUUUCUUAUGCGUAAAUGUGAAGAAUAAAUAGCAACCAAGUGUCAAAGUCCC